AUGGACAGCCAUUAUGGUCACCAUGCGGCUCCCAUUCCUCCCCCAGGGCCUCAAGGGCCCUCAUCUUCUUUUGGUGCCAUGACAGCACCUCCUCCGCCCCAACCCAGCGAGGUGAAUCGCUCUCCCACUGCUGGGACCUGGAGAAAUGUCCCUAUCCCAGGCACAUUCUCCCAGGGUGACUUCCACUUUGGUGUCACUAUCAGUGGCCAAAACUGGCCUGUGUCGGACAGUUGUAACUGCUGCCAAAAGCGGUGGAAUGACUGGGUUCACCCAUUCUUGAACUCGAUUGAAGGGUUCAAGUUCAUGGUGGACUUGAAAUGGCUCGACCAUGAAAUGAGGAACGGGUUCGACAGCACUUCGCUGGAGGCUCAUCAACUUCAUGGGAAGAAGUAUCUUCUUUGCUGCCUCUGGAAACACUACCGCUCAGAAGCGGCACAAAUAAUGAAGGCGACUAGCACCACUGGAUACAACCUUUCCAGGUUGCAGGUGAUAGAACCCACCCCACCCCAUAACCCUGUUCCCCAUACUGAGGGAAUGUUGGUGGACGAUGGUGUGGUAGAAGAGGCCCCAAGGCCGAGACAUUUCCCAGCGGCCCAACAGACACAGGCCCCCUUUGCUGAGAAUGCAGUGGCAGGCCUGUCUAGAGGGCCACAGGCUAGUGGGUCCGUGCCCACCUGA